AUGACAGGCACGGCCCACAGAGCCAAGACUGCGUGGAUGAGAGUGAACGAGAUAGCUCAGUCUUUUCCUAAAUAUUCAUACAGAGAUUCGUUGGUGUUGGAGCUGCAAGAGCGUAACACAGAAAACGAGAGGAAUUACAGGAAGGUAAAAAACGUCAACCAGCAUGGCUCACUAAAAGAAACGGCUUAUGCUCUAUCCUUGCCGGCACUUCCUAAUUCUGAGACAACUUUAGAUCUUCAUGCAGGAAGGAAUAAAUACAACAGAACGCAAAAUGGUGUAGAAAGGAAUGGCAGCCAAAGUCAAAUACAGAAAUUCUUUGAGAAAACAGCUGCAAAUAAUUCGAGGAUUCACUUAAUGCAUGACGACAACACUACUCAGAAACUGGACUUAGGCACGACGACUGCCAUACGGUUCAAUUUUUUUAAGACCACUUCAAAACCGGACACAGCAGAGGUAACCACCCACCAAGUGAACAUAGACAAAACAACUGCUGUACAAUCCCACACUACCAAGACAACCACUUCAAAGCCAGACACUACAGAAGCAACCAUUCACCAACCAGAUACAGACAACACGAACAUUACACCGCCAGACAGUACCAGGAUCACCUCUUCAGGACCGCAUACUACAGAAGUAACCAUCCAACAAAUGAACCAAGCUGAGACGACCACUCAGUUACUUCAUGCCCUAGAGACGACCACUCACCCAGUAGGUGUCAGCACAACACAUAAAAUUGUGUCACUUGCUUCAUCCACAGGUGUCCCUCACCGUGUCUCUCCCAUAUUAACUUCAACCUCAGUCAUUUCGAACCAUUCUCAUUCACGUGGUAAAGUGGAAACUCCUGACAAGAUGUUACUGGUUUCUUCAACAAUCAGCCCUCGCUUCUUGGAAGGUACUGCUUCAAGGUUCCUCGCGACUACUUCUCAAACCCCAUUAGGACCCGAGGUUUCUUCCUUCUCUGAGUAUUCUCAAGGUAAUGUGAGCAGAUCUGAAAUGCAGUCUGUACUUCAAGGAUCUGAUUUUAUUUCCUCGCCAUCUUCCACUCCAGCUAUGACCGCAACGGCACUUCAGGAAGCUCCUAGUAAUUUUGUGUUGUCAGAAGUCAGCACACUCGACUCAUCCACUCCCACACCAGCAUCAUCACCCAGUUCUUGUGCUCCUUGUCACACAAAGGAGUCUGCAACAUAUGAGGUAGCACCAUACAAAUUCAGUAUAUCUUCACUUCUGGAAAAGAUAAAAUCAAGGAUAAACUUUGCCAAUUCUUCAACAACUGAAUCUUUAGGAAGAUCCUUCACUUGGCCUCCCAUGCACCUAAGCCUGCAGUCUCAGCAGCAACAUCCCUUCAGUCUCAAGCGUUAUCUGGAAAGCAUUAUAGGUGACGCGUCGGUGACAGGCAAUACACUGCUCCCCAUCAAUACAGUCACUGAGCCGAUCACUAACCCCUUCUCUGCACCAGCCACUGAUGCAGACAUCUCAAACUCCGUAACAAGGAGCAUAGAGAACUUUGAAACUUCUGUUACAAAUAUUCCUUACAUAAUUCAUCAUCCUUACUCUGCGAUUGUCUCUCAAGAUUCAAGCCAAAGCUCUAAGAAUGGUAAAUUCUCUGAGCAGAACUUCAAGCUUAAAUUUCCCCAGAAGUCUCACCAGAACAAUUAUUUAGCAGAUCGGUGGGGAUACAGCGACGCUAUAGAGAGCCAUCACCAUCCACACAGUCCAGAAACAGUUACUGGAUAUACACUGGGAGGACACUCCGUGAGUUCACUUGGCGAAACCCUUCAAAGCAUGAACUUUCCUAGCAGUGGGCUAUUAUUCCCCUUUGCAGCACAGUACCUCACUCCUGGCCAUUGGACGUCAUAUGAUCUGCAUCCAACAAAAAGUGUGGCCUUCCCUUCAAUAGUCACCACACGCCUCAUACUGUCAACUCGUCUCCCAAGCAACGAUGGAGAUGAACCGUUCUUCACCCUGAUUUCACAUUCAAACAAACAUGAGUCCCAAACAUCUGAGAUGUUUGGGAUGUCCCCGCUACGAUCGCCUCCCAACCCGAUUCAAUCAGGUCUUACUCGACCUGAACUGACUUCUCUUUUAAAUGAAGAUGGAAUAAAGAAGUAUUACAGUGAUCCACAAAGUGAAUCAAACUUAGUGACAGAAACAAUAGAUUCUGAAAUAAAGAAAUUUCAAUCAAUACUGAUAAGCGCAGCGCACAACGUCCUUCCCCAAAACUUUACUCGUGUGGAAGUUCUCAGCUAUUUAGUUAGCUUGAUGAAACUAGCAGCCUCUGGUACGAACAGUACACUUCGAAACCAAAGGCCAACCAGUAUUCAGGUUCUAGACCUACCAACGAUUCCUUCAAUAAUUGAACAGGUGUCUCUUCCAUUGACGUCCCUGGCGAAUUUGAGUACUUCAUUGGAGGCCUCCCCAGACACUGUCGUUACUCUCACACACACUGUCACAGUGAUCCCUGACUUCUAUAACUCCACCACCACCAUCACACCCAAGCUAUCGACAACUAAAGUCACUGCAGUCACAAAAAACACUUUUUUAACUGACUUCUCGUCCAUCACCGGGAUACUAACAGAGACUCAACCCUCCGUUGCAUACCUGCAUGACCAUCUGAAAUAUCCACCAGCGGUUCCUCUGCGAGAAAAUUGGGUGACUCAGAAAAAAGAUGAAUCCUUUCAUCGUUUCAGUGAACUUACAACAGUCACAAUGAUCAAACCUCUCGGGCAAGAAGUCACUGAAUCCAUUUCAGAAAAUGCCAUAGAUAAUGCAAGACCUCAAAUAACUGGCAUCAGUCACUUCACACCAACACCAUCCUUCCACUCACAAGAGGCUAACCGACCAAACAGUGAUGAAGUAAAAGAGGGACUGCAUAAUUUUUUGAGAGUAUCAGAUCCAUCUAAAAAUAGUAGAUGGAUCUAUAGUCCUAAAACCUCAGACGGCGCUUCAUGGAAUAGAACAGAUAGUUUUCAGGCAUCUGUAAAUAUGGUACUUAGUAAUAAAGAUAUGGUGUCGAUAAUGCCAAGUUACUUAGACAGAAAUGUUCUACCUGGAAUGGCAGAAACAGAUUAUCGUGUGGUGAAUGUACUGGUGAAGAUAGAAGCCACAUCACCCUCUCCCACGCCACAGAUUACGAUCAGCGACCGUCCAUCAUCACCACUGCAGCCUUUUCAAUUACUCUCUAACCAUGUUCAUAAGUCAUCCCCCGAGAUCACCAGCAAGGGUGGCUUGAUAUCAAGGUUGUCUAAUGAAAGCUCCUCUGUUCUCAGUCUUCAUCACGCAGCAUCACCAAUGCAGAAUUUCCACUUCAUCAGUCCCACAUCUUCUUAUGAUGGAUUACAGAGUCCCGGCGUAGGCACAUGGAAUAUUCUUAUUCCUUUGACCUUGUCCCAGAAAUCCCUGCUUGCUCAACAAAGCAAGAUACCUGCGAGUGAGAACACUUUCAUUAAGACCAGUCAUCUGAUGCACUACACCCGUACCAUCUCUGAGGAGUCUCCUGCACAGACUUACGACGCACACUCAUUUACGAAGAGGCUAACAACAAGCACUGGAUUACUGUCACUCCCCACCUGGAACCAAGGAACCUUUCAUAAUCACAAGACGACAACCAAGACAACCAAAGUGCAUUCGUCCAUUUGGCGCAGUUCCACUCCUUCCAUCACAGCCUCUCCUGUAGUCCUGACUUAUUUGACGGAACAGAGCACGACUAAGGUGAGCCAAGAGGGGGAGAAGCUGACCAAACACACCAUCCACAAGACCAAAGCAAGCAAAAGGAAGAUCUACUGCAAGCACACAACCAACCAUACCAAACACAGCGCAGACCAGACCAACCACAGCACCAAUCACACCAAGCACAGCACAGACCGGAACAAACACAACAUCAUCGCCCAGACCAGACGCAGUACCAGCCGCACGAAACACAGUACAGGCCAGGUCAAACUCAUCCCCAACCAGACCAAAUACGACACAGACCAGACCAAACACAACACCAAACAGAGCAAACUCAGCAUCGAUUCAGCCAAACAGACCACAGGCCAGAUCAAACACAGCACCAACUGCAUCAAGCACAACAUGAACCGAAAUGGACACGUAACCAACCAGACCAAACACAACAUCGACGAAACCAGACACAGCACCAACCAAACCAAACACAACACCGACCACAUCAAACUCAACAGUGGCCAGACCGAUCACAGCACCAGCCAUACCAAACACACCACCAACCAUACCAAUCACAGCAUAAACCAGACCAAACACACACCCGAGCCUGCUGAAGUUAGUUCAUGGCCUGUGUUCUUGGAGCAACCUAACACAACUUUAACCAGUCUGUUUCCUGACCCAUCAAGCUUCAGCCAACUUCUAGUUCAACUGACUGGUCGUCCCCUGAUGCCAUGGUCAUCUUUCAGCGCUUCCAUCCUUCCGACCACAUCUCGUCCACCGCCUUUCAUCUCACGUCCUCAUGAAACUUCACGCCCUUCCUCACAAGAGUCUGAGAUGAACGCUAGCAUGGCGCAAAGUAUACAACCACAGAUGCUCACCUGGUCCUCUGUAGACGUUCAGCCUCUACCUCUCUCUCGUUUCUCCCAGCACACAGGAAGUCGUCCCCUCACUUUGGAGCAAAGACCCACGCUCGGGGAUGCGCAUGAGACUCAUAAUUCACUUCGAACUCCCAGUCCUGUCUUCAUAUCUCACAAACCUUCCGAUAUCAUAAUGGCUUCUCAUUUACAGUCAGAGGCUUUCGAAGUCACUUCUGGAAAUCAUUAUUCCAGACCUUUUUCCGCCUCUCGGCUCCAUUCCCUUACAACUGUUACACAUGAAGUUAAGCACAGCCCAUCUAUUACCUCAAUCGUGAGUUACAGCCUGAACUUCAAGGAACACACAGAUGAACAGUCUUCUCCAAUCUCUCAUAUCCCUGCAACUAUCCCAUAUCUCCAGCCUUCAAAUAGUGCAUCAGAAUAUUGGCACCAUUCCCACAAACACUCUUCAGGAUAUAAUGACAUUGCCGCAGGUGUCACUAAAAAUCAGAUCAAUGUCGGGUAUACUAGGCCGGAGAGUAUCCACACAACGACGACUGUCAUUCGGCCUUUGCCUCCCCCUCAGCCUCUGGUCACUGAAAGGAGUUCAGAGAAGGUCACUUUUCAUCUGCAAAUCACGUCCACUGUCUACCCUGCAACACUGGGCGAUGUCUCUGUUACUGUGUCUCCCUCCUUUUCAAAUAUUGAGUCCGACGGUGCGUCUCAGAGUGAAGGCAUCGAAGAAGAAUCAUCAGCGAUCUCACCUUCAAGACAUCCGGUCCAUCUGGAAGUGGUUAACCGGCACACCUUGCUUUUAUCCAAAAAAGACAUCGAAACACUGAAGCAGAAAUACGAGACUCUUAAGAAAGGUGAUGGAGGCAACGAAUCAUUUCAGGUGAUUGAAAAGUUCCAGAACUUCCUUGACGGACUGUCAUCUGCUCCGCCGCCUCAUGGGGCACAGAUCCUUAUAAAUCAGAAACUGGAACAAGUGGUCCGUGGCUCCUCCCCUUAUGCCACCAGCACCCUCGCUCCAAUUAACCAACGUGAUCCUAUUAACUUCUACAGUUUCUUAAGACCGUAUUCCACACCUGGAAACAUCACCAUCAGUCUGAGUUCCACUGGGGAACCUACUGUUACACCAUCCACUAUAGAUUUAAUGCAGUCCUCAGCUACUUUGUCAAGUGAAGGCAGCGAGGACAGUGCACUCAAAGGAUAUGCAGUAACCAGCUCUUCAUACCAAACUAGUAUUGACUUCACUCAUGCCUACCAGACAAAUGCACCUUCCCUUGUCAGCUUAAGACCUCCCUUUCAUGCCCAACACCACAUCGCCGGGCUUACUCAUCCCACCUACAACCCGUAUUCCUCACCGGGGAUGCCAUCACCCUUCUUUGGGAAGCCUUCACUUGCUGACGGAAGAUACCCCAUCCCUACAGUGCCCAUGCCUGCCCGCCCCAUCGUUACCACCCCUUCAGCUUUCCUUCGCCCCAGAGUUCCAGUCCCCACAACAGGUGCUGGCCUCCAGACACACCUGACACCCGGGAGUUUCGAGGCGGCAUUCAGGAAUCCCGCGACUAGAGUUCACAGUUGUGGUGCCCUGGGUGUUGAGUGGCGGAGCGUGUUCCUCAGCCCGUCCUACCCGCGGUUGGACAGAAGCCGCGGCAGGUGUGUGUUUCGCCUGCUGGUGGCAGCGCCCUCAGUCUGCCAGGUUCGAGUGGACAUUGCUGACGCCGCCUUGGUGCCCCCGAGGAAGGGAAGGUGUGAGGAGCAGCGCCUAGAGGUCUCCGGGAACAUUGUGGCCCCGGCUAUGACUCAGUACUGUGGCACGGACACCAGGCAACACUUCUACGUGCACCUGGCCGAGCCUCUGGGCACCUCUGACCGGUGGGUGGACUUUUCCGUCACCACCUCCACUGAUGCCCACUCGUACCGCUACCAGCUGCGGAUCACCCAGGUGGACUGCGCCGCCGGAAGUCCUCUGCAGGCGCCUCGUGGGUGUCUGCAAUACUUUCCGAGAGCUGCAGGAGUCAUUAAGAGCUUCAACUACGGUGGAGGGCAGUACAUGGAUGUCCACGAGUACCGAGCGUGUGUGAGGGCGCAGCCAGGGGCGUGCGCCAUCACGCUGGCAGCUGAACAGGGGUACUUUGGGGUGCAUCAACCGUGGGACAGGGCGGGCGUGGGCGUACGGGCGUGCACCAAGGAUUACCUUCUCUUGCCUGGUGUUAGCGUGGGCGCAUCCCGGGCUGCAGGUAAAGGCGGCCAGAGGUUCUGUGGCGGCAGGCUGUCCUACUUGCAAGGGGACACUGUGAGCAGGCCAAUUACAGCUCGCCUGGUGGGGCCCGUGUAUGUGGUGACCUUCAGGAGCAGUGACCCCGAGCAGCGCAGCGCGUCCUCCCUCGGCUUUGGCUUCAGGCUAACCUUCCGUCAGCGUCAUUCCUGCACCGACUUCAGUUCCCUUUCUUCUUCAGCGAGCUCCGUGCUGUCUGCCGUGGAAACUGAGUGGCCGUCGGGCUGGUCCCUCGAUGCCCUACUGCCUGAUGGACACGAAAUCGAAACACCCUCCCGCAACGCCUCCCUCUCCCCGCUUCCCCCGCUGCCGAUCACUCCCCACUCACAUUUUGAUGCUUUCCCUUCCUCUGCGUUUACCUCGACAGCGAAUCACCACGCAAUGAAUUUCUACAAGAGAGAGGGACUUGUAAAUGAGGAUAACGAGACUACAGACGAAAAAUAUUCAGAAGAGCAGGGUCAGCAGAAACACAUACAACAACAACAACAACAACAACAACAACAACAACAACAACAGCAACAGCAACAGCAACAACAACAGCAACAGCAACAACAACAACAACAGCUGGAGAGUAAGAACGUAAAAGAGAAGGAGAGAAAUAGCGAGGGAGCAGGAAAUGGCGCCCUGUCUGCGUCGCCUUCCGAAGCAGGUCACUCCCUCAGCCGCGUCAGCAAUAUCCUAUCAGCCACGCUCACUCAAGUAUUUCCGGAGUUUGGUCACUCGCUGCAAGACCUCCUGGAGCGCCGCAAUGCUCCUUCCCAGGCAGGCCAGCGGGAGGUGUGACCGGAAGGAGUUGGUAAGGGGACUGGACAAAAAAGUGUGCCUAGAAAACCUGUUAAAUUUGAUCAAUAGUCUAGAAGUGGUGAUAAUUAGCAAUGUCGCUUAUUCCUCCUGCGCUGAAAAGUCGUCUGGUUAAAUUUCUCAUGGAUGGUUGUUCGGUCUCUCACGUUACUAUUCCAGCAGUAUUCGCCCGUAGACGCAGAGUGCAUGAGAGAGCCAGAGGUGUACUGUGGGUGUAAAUGCCUUCAAGACUUGCUUUUAUAACGCAGUCAGGUGAUGAGUACAUUGAUAACGGAUUGCUUACGAUUAGAAAGUGUAAUUGGGUAAAAAAACUGUACUCAACUCAACAUAGAUGUAAUUGCUUUUAUACACUAAGCUUGGAAUACUGCGAAAGGCUUAGAAAAUUGAGUAAACUCGUUGAGCAAGCCAGGACAGUACUUCGUGGUAGUACUUUCACUACAAGGUUAAAAGUGAAGAGAGUUUUCUUGAUUUUUCACACGUUGAAUUUUAUAAUGGUUAUUUAUAUCUGAACAUAGGUACCGAGGAUCACACCCGAAAAAUAAACUCAUUUUCCCCUCAGAAUUUUCUUGUUUACGGUGUUUUUCCUCUGAUAAAUUUUUUGACGUAAAAAUGUGAUGAAUUUUGUCAUGGCAUGUUACGCUUGCUUAAAUAACUAUGAGCAGUGGAAAUAUGAGCUUCUGAACAUUUCAAGUAAAAAAGUUACGUAAAAUAGAAUAAUAUUGGCAAUGCCCCUCUGCCGUCACGUGUUGUGUUAGUGAGGCCGACCUUUAAUGCUGGACUGACUGUGCAAGACUGAGAAACUGGAGCGAACAAACGGCAUUUAUGUAAUGCAAGUUGAUGCAGUUCAUGCAGCUAUGUUGCAUAAACUGCGGUGACAAUUGA